AUGGCCGAGAAAAACGACGUAGCAGAGCAACCAGCUGAGAAGCCAGUGAAGGCAACGAAGGUCAAGGGAACCGUCAAGUGGUUCAACGUGAAGAAUGGAUAUGGAUUCAUCAACCGCACCGACACCAAUGAGGAUAUCUUUGUCCAUCAGACCGCCAUCAUCAACAACAACCCAAACAAGUACCUGAGAAGUCUUGGAGAUAACGAGGAGGUUCUCUUCGACAUCGUCGAGGGAUCGAAGGGACUCGAGGCCUCUAGCGUCACUGGACCAGACGGAGGACCAGUUCAGGGAUCUAAGUAUGCUGCUGAUCGCGACUCUGAAAAUCCAGGACGUGGACGAGGAGGACGCGGACGUGGAAGACGCGGACGCGGUGGAGUCCGACACGACUCUGGAUCCAGAGAUGCCGAAGAAGGAGGAGCUCCACGUGGCGGUGGCCGCGGAGGAAGCCGUCGUGGCGGAGGUCGUGGCGGAGCCAGAUACAACAGCGGAGGCGAGGAGACAGCUCGUGACCAAGAGGGAGGAGAACGCGGAGGUCGUGGACGUCGUGGUGGACGUGGACGCGGAGGACGCGGACGUGGUGGCCGUGGAGGACAACAAAGCGAUGCUUAG